CACAGUACACAGUAUCGAGUCCAUCAUUUUUCAAAGGGCCUCCCCUAUCCAAACCCACUGUCAAAGGGUAAAAGUUAGUACUGAUUAGGCAAUUGAUUCCAUAAUUCACAAUUGUUAUAUAGAAACUAUAUAGUGAAUAAUGACGGUGUUGACUACAAAUGAUAAAGAGAAAAUUAAGCGUGCCAUUCCUAAGGUUAAUAAUAAGAUCAUUGAUGCUACUGUUGCCAGACUAUACAUAGCCUACCCAGAUCCUAAUAAAUGGAUAUUUACUGGAUUAGUAGGAGCAGUAGCUAUAGUUGAUGAUUUAGUGGGUCAUACGUUUUUUAUAAAAAUGGUAGAUAUUAUAGGUAAUCGAGGAGUUAUAUGGGAUCAAGAAUUAUAUGUAAAUUUCGAAUAUAACCAAGAUAGGAAAUUCUUUCAUUCCUUUGAAAUUGAAGAAUGUUUAGUCGGAUUAUUAUUCGAAGAUUCUACUGAAGCUGCUCAUUUUUAUAAGAGAGUUACUACUCGUCAAAAACAUGGAUCUAAACAAACUAUUAAUAAUAAAAAUGCUAUAGCAUUAAAGGCUAGAGCGGGCCCUACCGGUAAUAAUAAAUCUGGCCCAAGAGGUGAAGUUAAUGAUAUUAGUUCUGGUCAAAGACUUAGAUUAAGUAAAGGAGCUUUAUACUAUGAUGAUGUUCCACCCCCCGAAUGGAGAUCCUUAUAUGCUGAAUUAGAAUCAGCUGGUAUUUCUGAAGAUAUGAUUGCAGAUAACAGAGAGUUUAUAAAAGAUUAUAUUGCUAAACAAGGUGGUCCUUUAGUUGGUCUUGAACCACCUAUUCCUAGAAGGUUCCAAAGAAAGAAUGAUCCUGCUCCAGCCAUUGAACAAAGUAUUUCAAGAUCAUCAAAGACUAAAAAAGCUCCACCACCUCCACCUCCACCUCCUCCAAAACAAGAUUAUGGAGAUGAUAAUUCAAUUGCAGAAUCAAGAGGUUCGACUCCUGCACCUCCUGCACCUCCUGCACCUCCUGCUUCAAUUCCUCAACCACCUUCACCUCCAGCUGCACUUGAUUCUACCCCUGUUUCUGCCACUCCUUCAGUAGAAACUCCACCUACUCCAGUAGUUGAAAAAUCAAGAUUUCGUCUCCCACCUUCUAACGCAUUUAUUCCUCCUGUUAAAAACUCAUCACUUCCACCUCCACCACCUCCAGGUUCUACUAACGCUGCUCCUCCUGCAUUACCUCCUUCAAACUCACGACCAUUACCACCUCCAGGAGUUGGAUACAAUAAUAAUGCACCUGGGUUACCUCAACAAGAAAGGCCCGUUCCUCAACCUUAUGGCCAACAACAUGCACCUGUUCCACCUGGCACUCCAAAUAGACUUGUACCACCACCACCUCCAGUAAGAGGAGUACCACCACCCCCACCUCAAAGAGGUGGUGUCCCACCCCCACCCCCACAACGAGGUGGUUUUCAACCAGUACCACCUCAGAGAACAGGAGCUCCACCUCCACCACCUCCUCCAAGGGCUGCAAGAGGGGCUGCACCACCACCGCCACCUCCAAGAUCAUCAAGAACUAACCCUAAUAUGCAAUUACCCCCUCCACAACAAGGUUAUGGAAUCCCACAACCUCCUCCUAUCAAUAAUCAAGUUCCAAUGCCACCACCCUUACCACCAACAAAUGCUUAUCCACCACAAGUUCAACAGCAACAGCCUCCUCUCCAUUCAUUUCCAACCAAUAAUGGUUCGGGUCCGCCACCACCGCCACCAUUACCUCCAAUAUCUAACGGAGGUGGUCCACCACCACCACCACCACCUCCUGCUGGGUUUGGUGGUCCUUCUGCUGGUAUACCACCACCACCACCACCUCCUCCUGCUGGAUUUGGAGCCCCUUCAGCAGGUGGACCACCACCACCACCACCACCACCAAUGCCUUCGAUGAAUGCUCCGGCUCCCGUAGAAGCUCCUACAGGAGAUGCUGGACGUGAUGCUCUUUUAGCCUCAAUUAGGGGUGCAGGAGUAGGAUCAUUAAAGAAAAUCGACAAGUCUCAAUUGGACAGACCUAGUGUAUUAUUGGCUGAAGCUAGAGGUGAAACACCACCACCCUCUGGUUCUUCAUCAACUCCUGCUCCACCUGGUCAGCCAGCUAGUUUAGCAGAUGCCUUGACUGCUGCACUUAGUAAGAGAAAGGGUAAAGUCGCUCAAAGUGAUGAUGAAGAUGAUGAUGAUUGGUAGUAGUAUAACGUAAUAUAUAAAAUAUAACAUUACAUGACAUAACUUUUUGUUCAACCUAUAUUUAUUAUAAAUGACUGUAUUAGUAGUUUAGUAUAUCAAUAAAUAUAUUGUUUAGAAAAACCAAUGUAAAAAUAUA